ACCGUCAAUUUUGUUGUAAACGAAUUAAAUAAUCCUUAUUUUUAACGCGGGCGUUAAAAUCGCAAGAAACAAUUUUGUAAAAAUUAAGUAACACAACAAAAAAUUAAAUGACCCGGGAGCCAUGCGGAUCCAGCGGAGUCUAGUGUUAGCAGCAUUUAGUGUCCUACUCUUGGGCACUUUAAUCCACAGCAAAGCUUUACCAAAUGGCCAGCAAUUACAACUACAGCCACAGCCACCUUUACUACAACAGCAACAGCAGCCGUCCUCACCCAAUAAAGUUGUGUUUGAUCAACAAACCUCUGAAUCACAAGUGUCAAAUACACAAGUAGCUCAACAAAGAAUCGAUUUAGAGGCCCUGCAUGAUCUUCAUCACCACCAUGAACAUCAUCAUCACGAACACAAUCCAGGCUUUUGGAAGAAGAAAGUGACUUGGAAAGAGGGUUGGAAGAAGAUCUGGAAACCAGCGAAAAAACAAAUUUGGGUGCCACAAUGGAAACAAAUCUGGAAACCCAUAUGGGUGCCAGUAAAAGUACCAGCUUGGAAAGAUAUACAGGUGCCGGCGUGGAAACAAAUCUGGAAGCCAGUGUGGAAAGAAAUUCAGGUGCCAGCUUGGAAGGAAAUACAAGUGCCAGACUGGAAGAAAAUCUGGAAACCCAUUUGGGUGCCCACUAAAGUACCUGCCUGGAAAGAUAUACAAGUGCCAGCUUGGAAACAGAUUUGGGUGCCAGUGUGGAAGGAAAUUCAAGUGCCGGCCUGGAAGGAAAUACAAGUGCCCGAAUGGAAACAAUACUGGACACCCGAAUGGAUCAAGAAGGGCAUACCGGGUGAGAAAUACUUGGGUAAGGAUCACGAGGGUUGGGAAUAUACUAGUCAUGAUUUGUGGAAAAAGAAAUUGGUGUGGAAAUCUCACUGGAAGAAAAUAUGGAAACCGGCUAAGAAACAAAUUUGGGUGCCGAGUAAAAAGUUGGAGUGGAAAGAAGAUUGGAAGCAAAUCUGGAAACCAGCCAAGAAACAAAUCUGGGUAGAAAGCAAAAAACUUGAAUGGAAAGAAGACUGGAAACAAAUUUGGAAACCGGCCAAGAAACAAAUCUGGGUACCCGACAAGAAACUCGAAUGGAAAGAGGGCUGGGUUAAAAUCUGGAAGCCGGCCAAAAAACAAAUCUGGGUGGAAGAUAAAAAACUCGAAUGGAAGGAAGCCUGGAAACAAAUAUGGGUGCCGGGCUGGAAAGAAGUAUGGGUACCGGAUUGGAAGAAAAUCUGGAAACCAGUUAUCAUAUCCGAAUGGUUUCCCAUAGAUGAUCAUCAUGAUCAUCAUCACCAUCACAUAGAACAUGGCCAUGAGAUAGAACAUGGCCAUGAAAUAGAGCAUGGCCAUGACUGGGAUCGCAAAGAUGCCAGAAACGACAAGGUAGUGUGGAAACGUGAUGAUAGCUUGGCUAACAAAUCCACCCAACUGCAACCGGUAGAAAGUACAGAUUUUCAAAAUAAACCUAAGGAUAAUGUCCAGGACGCUAGCAAACCUGUACAAUUUCCCGCAGCGUGAAAUCUAAUCUAGCUAACGUUCAUAACGUUUUUAUUAAAAAAAAAAGCCAUGAAUUUCUUCACAAAUUUUCCAUUUCCUUUUCUACUUACUACUGCCUUCAAAUCUUGUAUAUAAGUAUUAUCACUCCAACCUUCCAAGCUGUUCUCUUCUUUCUUUUCAUUUUCUUCCUGCUCUGCUGUCUGUAGUUUAAGUUUUCUAUUGCUCUUUUUUGCUAUAUAAUGCUCUAACAUUGUCUCUUUGUACGCUGUCUUUACUCCCGUGCAUACAUUUCAAUUUAAAUUAUUUUAUUUUAUUAUUUUAUUUUUUAACUUAAAUUAGAAUUAAUAAUUGUUAUUGUAUUUCGAAAGUUAUAAUUAAUAUUGUGUUAAUUUAACUUGCUUAGUUUUUAGAUUAAAAUGUUUAUUUAAGGUACAAACUAAAGUAAAAAGAAAACAAAUGUUUUUCUUUUUUAAUGAAAUAAAAUGCAAAUGUUUUGUAAAAAUAUAAAUAAA